CUCGCCUUGAUGGAUCAACCCGAGGAGAGUGGCUCUGAAACUGACUUCGGAUCACAUCGGGUACCGUUAUUGUACUAGCUUAGUCGUCCAUUUGCACCCACAACUUGCUUGCCCUCGCCGCACCGUGUUGUCGCGCUUGGAAAGGCUCGUCCAUCGUGGUCGUCCGGACAGGUCCAGACUGCUUGCUGUUAUAGUAUUCACGAAUAAGUGAGUGGGCUACAAGAGGUAUGUCAUCCUCCAUUCCACUUCUCUCUCUUCCUCUCUCUCUCUCUCUCUCUUUGUGAUCAUGAUGCUUCCUACCUCUCACCUUCCCUCAUCCCCGAGUGCAUUGGUGUGCCUACAAGCACCUCCUAACCCCUUCCUAACCCUCGAGCUGCCCUAAGCAUGGCUUGUUGGUCAAAUCUUAACGUGCGCCAACAGCCAACAAUAUCUCCAGACACACACACUGCUGCCCAACUCAAGAGAUGCAUAUGAAGAGAUGGCCGCCGUGUGCCUCUUCGAGGAUGUCGCAUGUUUCAGACCCUGUACGCGCAUAUCCCAGGCGUUCGUACAUAUUAUUAUUCAAAUUGUACAUCUUGCAAUCCUCCGCCAAUGUUUACCGCGUCGAUCAGAUUCAGAAGGGAUCCACAUCCGACUCAAACCGAUCCUCGGGCCACUGCGAUUGCCUACAUACAACUUUCGCCCAAACUUGUGACCUGUUCCUUCUGCCAGUGGCCACUGCUCAUGACCCUCACACACACACACACACAGUCACACACACACACGCACACACACACGCACAUUCUCCUGGUUAAAUAUCCUACGCAUGAUCCAUAUCUCUAGACUUUUUUCAGUCUGUAUACCGCCAAAUCGUAUGGUGUAUGUGGACUGAAGCACAAACAGCCAUGUGCAUCCUUCUUAAACCAACUUGCUUGACUUGAAUCACAGCUCAGCGUCUCAACUGUGCUCAAUUCUCGAUUGAGAACCUUUUUUUUCUUCUUCUUCUGCAGAUGGGCGUACCCUCGCUGCAUGCAGGCAAGAAGAUAAUUGUCUACCGACGGUCUGUUUUAUGUACCCAAAAGUUGUUGCAGUCUGACACAGCACAGCAGCAGGUGUAUCAACACUCAUACCGUCUCAGCUUCUGUACAACGCCCUUCGUUUACCGAUUCGCGUCAAACAGCCGAUCGGAACGCCCGGGAAAGCCGUUAUACUACAGUUAUGUCCCAUGCUGUUAUAUAACAGCCCAUUCUGCCCUCCGCUCUCUCAGGCUCUCCUCUUGCCUCUACCGCACACGUGUGUUUAUCGGCCGAUAGCACGGAGGUGCACAGAUUAUCACCUCUCUCAUUGGCCAUUCGCCUCAAGCUGUCCCAAGACACCCAAGAUCAUCAUCACCGUACAGCUCAUCAUCCUCAAGUAAAAUAACACUCUUGUGUUUUCAAUCGACUUCAGCCAACGACGGCCGUCUGUUUUAAUCGACGCGCUCUAAUUAACCCGUUUACAUAUUUAACGCCGCACACCGGGCAUAUACUCACUCUAAGCUGGACUGCUCCCAUCUUCAUCCGAUUUCUGCUUCCUGUUCCUCGAAAUUAUCAUCUUAGCUUAUUAUUUGCUCUCCGUUCACACUAGCCCUCGGCCUUGUGUCGGUAAUAACACACUACCGGUUGAUUCCAUGUUCCUGAUAUCAUCAUUGUUAUCCAUCAUAGCACCAGCCAUCUGCCCAAGACUCUCCAUCUAAUCUCGUCAUCACCAGUCGACCGACCAUCCUCGAUCACAUCGGUCUCCUCAACCAUUCCCAAUAAUAAUGCACCAGCAAUCCUCCGACUUCACCUCCGCCAACAGCAACAAUAACACAUCUCAUUCGCCCCUCAGCCAUCUCAACUCUCCCUCUGACCUCUCAUCCGAUCCACCCAACUGGCGAAGUGGGUUCGGCAACGGCAGAUUUACGGUCGACAGCGGUGGUGGUGGUGGUAGUGCCCCAGUCGAUGGUGCUCCUGCCCCAGCUGGGAACAAUCCCAGCGGCAGCAGUAGCACUCAACUCACCGGGCAUGAACUCUCGCUCAGCAUGAUGAUUGAAGCCGCCAAGCAACAACGCACACGACUAGACUUCAACUCCACUUAUCAUCCUCAGUCACACUACCACCAUAACCUAUCAGCCCAGCAGAAUACCACCCGCCCCUCUGAGCUAACACAAUCGAUCCUCAACCUCUCGGCAUCCCCUCAGUCAAUUCAUGACACAGAACCUUUCCCGAGCACUGCCAUCAUCUCCACCGAGUCCUCAACAACCACUAACCGCAUUCCGAUCCCCACUUCUGCGUCCUCACUCUACCAUCAGGAUCAGUCCGACCCAUUUUCAAAUCUAGUCGGCCAGAUCCCCGACGGUAUCGGUCCCAGUAGUCUACCCACCCACUUUGGUGGAUGGAACUCUCAUCCGGAUACGCACCACUUCGGCUCAGUACCCUCCUCACCCCUACACGGACUUGAGAAUGGCUAUCCAGUUGAGAACUUUCUUACGAACUCAUCUGCCGCUCAUCAUCCAAGUCACCCGUUCACGACGAUCAGCUCGGCUGCCUCAUCAAGUAGAAGAAACAAUUCUCUCUUCCUUGAUUCAUCCCACUCCAACAAUCCACAGGCUCCCUUCUUAACCAAGCCAGUUCAGAGCUACCCGCCUAAUGAUAAGAUUGAUUCUCAGUUCUCCAUCCAAAACUCACACCUAUCCAAUCUUGAUCAUCCCAUCCGCAAUCCUACUUCUGAAGCCCAUCAGGGCUUGAGCUCCCACCAGUCUCCUCCGCCCAACUGCGAUUCUUCUAUGUUCUUUGCUGCGAUGAUGGGCAAACGACCAGGCUCCGGGGGGCCUUCCUUAUUCUCAGCCUCGCGAUCAUCCUCUGAUGCGACCGUGGGUGCUCCGACUCCAGGCGGUGAUAAUUAUUCUAAUAAUCUCACCCUUCGUUCUACUCAAGCCGAUUUCAACCCUCGCCAGACCAUCCUACCUCAAGCUAAUACUAGAUGGCAUCCAAAUAACAACGCGAUCCCUCCAACUGACAAUAAUAGCUCACAGCCCAUUCGUAAGCUGACCGAGGAUGCAAUCUAUGUUUCAAAUGGCGUGGCAGGUCAUCCGAAUGAAAGAACGAGUGCCGAGUGGGCCAAUCAACCUCCAACCUCUGAUCGCUCUUGCUGGCCUCUCCGGGAACCGAGCACCUUCCUGGAGUCGCCUCUAAGUGCCCCUUACUCUCCCUUCUCUCCUUCCUCUCCCUACUCCUCUUGGUCUUCCUUAGCACCCGCAGACGAAAGCUCAGCACACGAACAUCGGUCUGCUAGUGGCACUCUACGUAGUCAUGAUCCCUUUGCCGCUCAACUUUGGCAGCUCUAUGGUCCACGAGAUGAAAGACCACCAACGAAUGAUGCACUUGAGAGCCUCGUUCGUAGACUGACCGAGCUUGGCUUGGACGUCAACCAAAUCCGACAAAGAUUCAAUUCUCACGAGUGGAAAGAUAGUUUGAUGCCCAAGGAAACUAGCAAUUCAAACCUAUCCACCGAUAAUUCUGGGGCUACCACUAGGACCUCGAACUUUACCCAAAAUCACAACGAGUCCAACGAGCCCAUUCACGAACCAUCAUCAGACAAGGCCUUUCGCAGCGGUAUGAGAAACACUCCCCAACCUGUCAGGCUAUCUAAGAUCAACGAACAUACAGAAGGACCCACCAUAAAGCUGGAGUCCCACAUAAAUCCACAAAUCUGCCGAGAGCCCAGCCUCGAAAGAGGUCGCAAAAUUGAAGGUGGCCGCCGCGCGGCUUGUAACCUUGCUGGACGAUGGCAGGAGUGUACCAAUCUAAAUCGUAGUCCUGCGGUUUCUGAUAUGGAUUGGAAACCCCAUAGUCGUUCUCGCUCCCGUACCCAUACGGAUUGGCGCCAAGACUCACGAUCAAGAUCUCGGCUUCAGGAACUCCGGCCCGAGUUUUUGACUGCCGGGCAUCUCUUUGAAGGAGAUUCUUCGAAAGGAGAGUCUUCGAGUAGUGGCAUGAAUCAGCGUCUCAAGCCUGAGUCAGGACCUUUUGCGCCUCCUCCGAGCAGCUUAUUCCCAGAGUUGAGUGAUCAGCAGAAUGCUGGGGCAUCUGGCUCCAGUGGCAUCCCCAACAAUGAUGCUUAUCAUCAUGGGAUCAUUCAGCAGUUGAUCGGCUCUUAUCAAGCCCAACAAUCUGAGGAAAAUGGAUAUCAGAGCUUGGCUGAAAAACAUAACCAUCUCAACUUUGAUAUUUUGGGCCCGUUGGCAUCAUCAUGCGGACUCUUUCAAUCAUCUUCGUCAAUCCCACUUGGUGAAUUUGAAUUCGGUGCAUGGCACACUCCUAUCAAGCCCUCUCAGCAUUCAUUCUUGGGAUCGGUACCCGGUCUCACGCAAGACCGUGCCGACCUAGCCAACGCGCAUUCUGAAUAUGGGUACAUUCCUAGGCUGGUCCGAAAGACGAGUUUCGAUGAAAUUUUGGCUCAGCAGCAUCAUCAACCCAAACGGGCUACCGAUUCGGGAGAUCGGUCACCGGCUCGCUUGGAUAAUCUUAGCUGUUCAACCAACGAGUCCUUGGUUCGUCCUAACACCGCUACUGAUUCACGUGAGGGUCAGUAUCGGGCGGGCCUCGAUGGUUCAGGCGGUGAAAAGGUGCAGACCGGAUCUACCAAUCAGCCAGAUUACUUCGCCUUCUUGAGCUCGACUUUAUCCCAGAAUGAUUCGAACGAAACCGAGUUUAAAAAUCCCUUCCAGUCCUCUCGACUCAGCUCCCACUCGAACUCUUCAGAUAAUCUCGCAUUCCAGGACGCGGAGAAUAGCAAUCUACAGCCUUUCUUCCCAACCGACGGUGCUUCGAUCGUCGAUCGAAUUACACCCUAUGAUAUCUUGACUCAACUAGACCAUUUUGACAGCACGCCAUUGGCCCACAAUCAGCGUGGCCAGUGGCUCCAAGGCAGUGUGGCUCCAACGGCUGUACAACCGGCCAAUGUCGAGUCGACCAAGAAGCCUGAGGUCAAUCGUAUGGUUUCUAGUCCUAGUAGCACCAGUAGCUCGAGCGAAGCUUCUAGCAGAGGUGGGCUUGCUCUGCGGAUUAAUACGGCGAAUGCGCAAAACAAAAUGGAGAAGGAACUGGCAGCGGACGACGCGCCAACUAAGAUUAGCUUUAGUGGCGGAAGGAGCAAUCAUACCAGCUCGAUUGGUGAGGCUCGCAAACGUACCAAACAAUUGCCUUACUCAUCUGGCGACUUGGGCAAUAGCAACAACAACAAUAACGCCUCGACCUCGAGUGGACAAUCUAAUAACGCUAAUAUCCAAUGUCUGAAUUGUCACACUACUGAAACUCCAUUAUGGAGAAGAGACUCCGAGGGAAAACCUCUAUGUAACGCAUGUGGACUUUUUGUUAACUUGCAUGGUACACCCAGGCCGGCGGCUCUAAGCACAGGGGUCAUCAAAAGGCGAAACCGAGGAAAGAACAGGGAGAAGAACCCACCUACUUCGACUAAGCCGCAGCCACAACAAACCUACAAUCCUCCUAGAGCUGCUAAUAACCCCCCGCCCCAUCACAAUCAAUAUCCCAAUAAUAACAACGACCAUCAACCGAGGGCCUCGUCAUCCACAAGCCACUAUCCCCAAUAGACCGUAUCAACUUUGAAGGUGGGGCUGUGAUCGAUCCCCACCUCCUCUGCUCACUCGCUUCAAUCCGAACCCCACAAAUACACACAAAAAAUACCAACACAUGACAUGAAUUUACUCACGGGAGAUCGGCGGUCGACUUGGGAGCAUUUCUUCUUGCCCUGGGCCUGCUUUUGAAAACCAACAUAAGUGGACGCUUCUCUUUUUUUUCCUCGUCUUCGAGCAAAUAUAAACAUAUAUAUCCUGCAGAUCGCGCUAGGAUUCAGAUCCCGUUGAAGCUCUCUUGAUCAUCCCCCCCUCCCCACCUGUCUCACCAUCCACCCAUCCACACACACAUACACAUACACAUACACAUACACCUACUUUUAUUUUUAUUUUUAUUUUUUAGCCUUCCUAAAAACAAAACUUGUCUUCACUUGACUUGACUUCCUUCUGUGAUCCCUGAUUGUACGAUGUAGAUGAUCUUCUCAGAUCGUAUUUCCAACUCUUGAUAAUGUGUUCUUUAUUUUUUUUGUUCAUCUGUCCUACUAUUACUAUUACUAUCACUAGUACUAUUACUAUUACUAUUAUUGCUGCUGCUGCUGUUGCUCUCACCUUUGGUUGGUUGGGUACGGUAUGUUUGAGUACGAGAUUGCUUGGGUUUAUUGGUAUGGUUGAGGGAUCCGGCUGCUUGCUCUCAACACUCCCCCCUUUUCUUUCUUUCUUCUCUCUCUUAUCUCAGUAUUUAUCUGUAUUGUCUUUGGUUUUUGG